CUCGGCCCGUUGCUGGUGCUGAUCUUCCCCCCUCAGUCGCCGCCAUGAUCCCGGACAAGACGCCCGUCGGCGGAGACACCUUCCAUGGCGCCGCCGAUCUCGCCCAGCGCGCCCACGUGCCCAGCUUCCAGAAGUACAAGGAACUCUACUUGCAGUCCAUCCACAACCCGCAAGAGUUCUGGGGGAAAAUUGCGAAAGAUUUCUACUGGAAAACGCCUCAAACUGGCAGCUUCCUGGAUUAUAACUUUGAUCACACAAAAGGGAAAAUUUUCAUUAAAUUGAUGGAAGGAGCUACCACGAAUAUAUGCUACAACCUCUUGGACCGAAACGUCUAUGAAAAAAAGCUGGGGGAUAAAAUUGCAUUUUACUGGGAAGGGAAUGAACCGGCCGAUUCUAUGGAGAUUACGUACAAAGAGCUACUACAGCAGGUCUGCAAAUUUGCCAACGUUCUACGGGCUCAGGGAGUGAAGAAAGGAGACGGAAUCUCGAUAUACAUGCCGAUGAUUAUGGAACUGGUUGUUGCCAUGUUGGCCUGUGCCAGAAUAGGGGCAGUUCAUUCCAUUGUGUUUGCAGGUUUCUCUUCAGAGUCUCUGUGUGAACGCAUCGUGGAUUCACGUUGUACCUUUCUAGUCACCGCAGACGGAUUCUACAGAGGGGAUAAACUCAUUAACCUGAAACUGGUAGUGGAUGAAGCCCUCAGGAAAUGCAGAGAGAGGGACUACCAUGUUAGCAAAUGCAUUGUUGUAAAGCACCUCGGAGGGACGGAAGAAACUUGUGCAGAUGAAACAUCUACUAAUCCACAGUCGCCUCCUGCAAAGCGGUCCUGUCAGGAUAAGGACAAUAAGAAAACAAAGAAUUCUCAUCGUAAAAUUCAGAUACCGUGGGAUGCGAAUGUGGAUGUUUGGUGGCAUGAGUUAGUGAAGGGGGCCAGUGAUCAAUGUGAACCUGAAUGGUGUGACGUUGAAGAUCCACUCUUUAUCCUGUACACCAGUGGAUCGACUGGGAAGCCCAAGGGAGUGCUGCAUACAAUUGGAGGCUAUCUACUUUACACUGCCACAACCUUCAAAUACGUGUUUAACUACCAGCCCGAUGAUGUCUAUUGGUGUACGGCCGAUAUUGGAUGGGUUACGGGCCAUUCAUAUGUCACUUACGGACCUCUGGCCAAUGGUGCUACAAGCGUGAUGUUUGAAGGUGUGCCGACUUAUCCAGAUUCCAGUCGAUUUUGGGAGAUAAUUGAUAAAUACAAAGUGACGACAUUUUACACGGCGCCCACAGCGAUCCGAUUGUUGAUGAAGUACGGAGACGGUCCUGUGAAAAGGUUCAGUCGGCAGUCGCUGAAGAUCCUUGGAACAGUGGGAGAACCCAUAAACCCCGAGGCCUGGCACUGGUACUACAAGGUGAUUGGUAACGGGAAGUGCCCCAUCAUGGACACCUUCUGGCAGACGGAGACUGGUGGUCACAUGUUAACUCCUCUCCCAGUUGCCAUUCCACUGAAGCCAGGAUCAGCUACUUUUCCCUUCUUUGGUGUGGUUCCUGCCAUUCUUAAUGAAUCAGGAGAAGAAUUGGAAGGGGAGGCUGAAGGCUACCUGGUAUUCAAAAAGCCUUGGCCAUCCAUAAUGCGUACCGUCUAUGGUAACCAUGAACGUUUUGAAGACACCUAUUUUAAAAAGUUUCCUGGAUAUUUCGUCACCGGAGAUGGUUGCAAAAGAGAUAAAGAUGGGUAUUACUGGAUCACAGGAAGGAUCGAUGACAUGCUGAAUGUAUCUGGGCACCUGCUGAGCACUGCUGAGGUGGAGUCGGCAUUAAUCGAACACCCUGCCAUCGCGGAAGCUGCUGUUGUCAGCCACCCCCACCAAGUGAAAGGGGAGUGCCUCUACUGCUUUGUCACGCUGAGGGAUGGACAUGAAUUCACCAAGACGCUGGUCACCGAACUAAAAAACCAAGUUCGAGAAAAAAUAAGUCCUAUUGCUACUCCAGAUUACAUACAAAACGCACCUGGAUUGCCCAAAACUCGUUCUGGUAAAAUUAUGAGACGUAUUCUGAGAAAAAUCGCCAGAAAUGAGAAGGAUCUUGGAGAUAUAUCAACUCUUGCAGAUGAAUCUGUGGUAACCGAACUCGUCAGCAACAGAUGUAAAACCACUUAAAACAGAUUUAUGCUUAUUCAGUUUACACUGAUAUGCAUCACUUGUAAUUUACUAAAUAUAUAUCUGCGCUUAUGGGGGGAGGGAAGCAAACCAGAUCUAUGGUGGGGAAAAAACUGAGUCUAAAAGACCAGAAGAGAUAAUUGUAUAGAUAAUGGUGGAAAAAUAAUUGAUUUGAGGGAUAUUGUUGUGCUACAUGUUCAUGGGGAACUUCACUAAGCAGUACUUUUUGCAACAAUUCUGAUUAACUUUCAACAACAUUUUUUUAAUACUGCAAUAUUUUAAAUGUUUUAUUUGCAUUGUGCUGUCUGUAUUUUAUAUUAAAAAAAAAGUCCUUUGCUUUGAGUACAGUAUAAUAAUCAAACAUUCCAAGGUAUUGUGAACAAAACUUUUUAGAAAAUGACCUUUCUGUUCUAAUACCGAAACAGAUGAGAAUAGGUAUUUUAUCUUUGUUGAGUACAACAAAAAAAAGCAUUGUACAUUAUUUCCUUUCACAGUCUGCGAUGAGUUACAAUUCAUUCUUUUUAAUUGGAUUGUUGACCAUUGAUGGAAGAUAAUUUGUAAUCUUUUAAAAAUAUAUAUCUUGGACAUAUGGUGGGGGGGGCAUAACAUAGGAUUAUUUCUUCAAUCCUAGGAUUUAGUUCCCAUACUACUUGUGGUAAUCAUGGAAUUCCUGUUUUCUUACUGGAUAUGAAUUUGAAACAGAUAAACCAACUUUAAGUGGUUCGAUUGGACAUGCAGAAUAUUAAUUAUACACCAUAUUUUAUAUUGAAGAUAGUGUGUAUUUAUGUUUGCAGAUUAUAUUGUACCUUGCACUAGUCUCUGGCACUGCUUUAACUGAUGAAUGUGGUAGUAACAAGUAUGCUGCAAUUAAAGUUUUUUUUU